AUGGCGAGCCAAUCCUACCGCAUCAGCUCUGGCUGCAGGGUCAAGAACUUUAGCUCCCGCUCUGCCAUUGUGUCCAAGCCUGGGGAUCGCAGCUGUGUCAGUGCCACGGCCCAUCAUGGGGGCAGUCCUGGGGGGCUAGGCUACAGGCGCCUGGGAGGCUUUGGCAGUCAGAUCCUGUGUACGGUGUGGUCUCCCCGGAUCACGGUGAGUUGUGGAUGGGCCCUACACAGCAGAGGCAGGUUUGGCUACCCGGCAGGGGGCCUUUGUAAGCUCAGCCCGCCCCACAUCACAUCUGUCACCAUCAAUGAGAGCCUCCUCAUACCCCUCAACCUAGAGAUCGACCCCAAUGCCCAGUGUGUGAAGCACGAGGAGAAGGAGCAGAUCAAGUGUCUCAACAACAAGUUUACUGCCUUCAUUGACAAGGUGCGCUUCCUGGAGCAGCAGAACAAAUUGCUGGAGACCAAGCUGCAGUUCUACUAGAACCGCAAGUGCUGUGAGAGCAACCUGGAGCCCCUGUUCCAGGGCUACAUUGCGACUCUGCAGCGGGAGGCCGAGUGCGUGGAGGCUGACAGCGGCAGGCUGGCCUCAGAGCUCAACUGCACACAGGAGGCUCUGGAGGGCUGCAAGAAGAAGUAUGAAGAAGAGCUGGUCCUCAGGGCCACAGCUGAGAACGAGUUCAUGAUGCUGAAGAAGGAUGUAGACUGCGCCUGUCUGCGCAAGGUGGACCUGGAGGCCAACGUGAGCCUCUUCCUGCAGUCCCUCUACGAGGAGGAAAUCCACCUCCUUCAAUCACAAAUCUCUGACAUGUCUGUGGUGGUGAAGAUGGACAACAGCCGGGAGCUCAGCAUGGACUUGGUUGUGGCCGAGAUCAAGGCUCAGUAUGAUGAUAUUGCCAGUCGCAGCCGGGCGGAGGCCGAGACCUGGUACCAAACCAAGUGCGAGGAGGUGAAGGCCACAGUCACCCAGCAGGGUGAGAACCUCCACAGAACCAAGGAUGAGCUCAACGAGCUGAACCGCGUGAUCCAGAGGCUGACGGCAGAGGUGGAGAACGCCAAGCAGCAGCGCUGCAAGCUGGAGGCCACGGUGGCCCACUCUGAGCAGCAGGGUGAGGCAGCCCUCAGCAAUGCCCGCUGCAAGCUGGCCGAGCUGGAGGGCACCCUGCAGAAGGCCAAGCGGGACAUGGCCUGCCUGCUCAAGGAGUACCAGGAGGUGAUGAACUCCAAGCUGGGCCUGGACGUGGAGAUCACCACUUAUUGCAAACUGCUGGAGGGCGAGGGGAUCCAGCUGUGUGAAGGCGUGGGCUCAGUCAAUAUCUGUGUGAGCCGUUCCCAGGGUGGUGUGGUCUGCGGGGACCUGGACUCUGCUGCCUCCCUUCGCUCAGAGGGUGUGGCCAUCAGCAGUGGUGCACUGUGUUCCCCCUCUGUGGUGGGGGCCUGCUCCAGUGCCCGAUCUGUGUGGUUUGCGUAG